AAAAUCCUCAAGGAAGAAAGGCCGUGUGAGGAAAAACUGAUUGUUACAUGGUACUGACGAACUUACUGAAUCGGAUGCCAUAAAGACGCAGAAACGUAUGACCCAGAACCGCUCUGUAGUUGGUCCCACACCCCCCAAUACCCCUCAAUCCUCCUCCUAAAUUGACUUGUGGAGUCAGAAAACAGACGCUAUCCAGAUGGCCGCCGUCGCCGUCGCCGCCGCCACCACCACCGCUGCUAAUCCCAAACUCUCCCUGCUACGUCCUCACUUCUGCCCUCCAAGACACGCUUUCUAUCCUACCACACCUUAUCUCAAUAUGCACGGAAUUCGGAAUGCUUCUACUUUUAUUCAAAAGCAACGACGUCUUCUUCUUCUUCCACCGCGUGCUUUUACCCUCGAUGUACCAGGUCCAUUGCUUCAGGAUGCCGGAGCAACCAUUCUUGUCGUUGGCGGCGCGUAUGGACUUGUCGCUGGUUUUGAUUAUCUCACACAGCGCCAAAUCAUCGAACAGAACCUAAGCAGAAAGCUGGUUCAUAUAUUAUCUGGAUUGCUUUAUAUGGGUUGCUGGCCAAUCUUCAGUACUUCUACAGAUGCUCGGUAUUUUGCCAUUAUAGCGCCCUUAUUGAACUGCACUAGGCUUCUUGUUCAUGGUCUUUCACUCGUCCCCAAUGAAGACCUCAUAAAAUCAGUCACCCGUGAAGGAAAACCAGAGGAAUUGCUUAGGGGACCACUAUAUUAUGUUUUGAUGUUGAUUCUAUCUUCUCUUCUCUUCUGGCGUGACUCACCAAUCGGUGUGGUUUCACUAUCCAUGAUGUGUGGUGGCGAUGGCAUUGCAGAUAUCAUGGGGAGAAGAUUUGGGUUGCAUAAAAUUCCGUACAACAAACAGAAGAGUUGGGCGGGUAGCAUCUCUAUGUUUCUGGUCGGUUUUUUAGUCUCGGUUGGGAUGUUAUACUAUUUUUCAAAGUUGGGGUACUUUGAGCUAGACUGGCUAAAGACAAUGGAACGAGUUGCAAUGGUUGCGAUUGUGGCAACAUUGGUGGAGUCGCUCCCGACAAAAGGAGGUCUGGAUGAUAACAUAUCUGUUCCUUUGGUAAGCAUGCUAACAGCUUAUUUGAGUUUUGGGUUUUAAGUUUUAUUAUAAGUGUUAUUAUUAUUAUUUUUAAUUUGAAUGUAAAUGUUUCCUUUUUGUUGUGUGAUAAAUGUUGAAUAAUAAACGCUGGAAUAAGUCUGUUGUAAUCUUUUUUACCGAUGUAGUAA